AUGGCGUUUAGCUUCGGGUUUGCUGGAGAUGAUAUCGACAUCGACGAUGCUGAAGUUAAUAAUGAGUCUCCUUUUGUUCCCGCUGUCGCUGGACAGGAGGCAAGCAAUUCGCUCCCGGAGUUGGUGAAGGCCAACAAGCAUGACAUGAAUGAAUGGCUCUCCAUUCUGCCAUCACAAAUAUAUUACAACCGACUCGAAAUUAGCGGCACACCGAUGGUCAUCGCUCGUCGAGAAAUAUUCGACAUCCGCACUCAAUUGAUGGCGGAAGAUAACCAAGGACACGACAACGAGGAACUCAUCUCCGGCUUGGAAAAAGGCGACCUCAAGCCCAAUUUCUACGAAGGCGGUUUCAAGACGUGGGAAUGUGCUCUGGACCUAGCCAAACUGGUCACAAGUGAGAACCCGACCAGCCAGUCCCCAGAACCACAAACUACUACUCAUACCAUCGAGCUUGGUGCAGGAACUGCAGUACCAUCACUGGCAUUAUUCGCCCGUGCAUUGAGCCAGACAGAGGCAGUGGAAAGCGGGGCUACGAUCCAGAAAACCCAUUUCACAUUCGCGGACUACAAUGAUUCCGUCCUGCGUCUUGUCACACUCCCUAAUCUCAUUUUGACCUGGCAUAUUACCCAGUCCCGGGAUACUACAGCGGUAGUCGAAAGCCAGGGUGCUUCAGCGGCUCAUACUCAGGAUGAAGAACUAGAUAUCACGCCCGAACUACUCGAUGCCUUCAAGGCCGACCUCGAGAGGCGGGGUAUUUCCUUGAGCUUCAUUUCCGGUGCCUGGUCCCCUGAAUUCGUGGAGCUUGUCUUUUCUUCCCGCAGUGAGGGUGACUGUCAGACCUUGGUACUUGCCAGCGAGACGAUCUACUCCCCGCUAUCACUGGUUGCAUUCUCCGAAACUCUUCUGGCGCUACUGCGCCGCUCUAGCUCUGCAUCUAGCAAGACUCGGGGUUUAGUGGCUGCUAAGAAGGUCUACUUCGGAGUGGGAGGAGGUGUCGAUGAGUUCCUCGCGACUCUGAAAAACGUUUGUGUUGAUGAAUUGGACGUUCAACAGAAGGUGGAUAUCCAGUCGGAAGGUGUCGGCCGAGUUGUGUUGGAAAUUACGCCUGUUGGAAACGGUGUGCAGUAG